CACACACUCUCUCUCUCUCUCCUCUCUGCUCUCUUCUCUCCACUUGCUUCCGUCUCUCUCUCUCUCUCUCUCUCUCUCUCUCACUCUCCCUACGCGAUCUCUGCAUUAUACUCUCUCGAUUCACAGCCAGAGCUCUCCUCAAAAUCUCUCAUUUCUCCGGUUCUCUGGUUGCAUUCCGUUCAGAUUCCUAGGGUUUCGUCUCGCGGGCUUGAGCUUUGAUGAUCUGAAGAUUCGGGGCCAUCUCUCGCGCGUCCUGAUUUGCACAAUUUCAUCAGUGAUUAGCUCAGGUCGCUGUCUUCAGUAAUUAAAAACUUCCCCUCUCGUUAGCACUGCCAAAGUUCUCAAUAACACUACUAGAGCUGAUUCACUUCCCGUCUCUUCAGUAGGUCCAAUUGGUGCGCUCUUCAUUCUCAAGGUUGCUCAGUUUUGUCUGGCGUCCUAUAUAUGGUGCCUGGAGUACUCAUUGUUGGGAAGAAAUGAGCUAGGAGGUUGGACCUUCUGGUCAUCAAUGCAGUUGCUGAGUUGAAUGCUAUGUUGAAUUCAUGCGAGGAUUUUAUAUCCUGAAAUUUAGCAUCGUGAUUGGAUUAGUGUAGAAAAACUCAUUUCAUGAAACUUUGGCAAGCAUAAAACUGGAAGAUGCCUUCAUUGUGGGGGAAAUCCUCAUCUAAAGAUGCAAAGAAGAAACUGAGCAAGGAGAGUUUCAUUGACAUAUUGCAUCGUAAAUUUAAAAGUCCAUCUGAAGCAAAAUUAAAUAGUAGGUCAGGUGGAUCACGGAGGCAUUGCAGUGACUCUGUCUCAGAAAGGGGAUCUCUGUCUCGAACUGUAUCCAGAUCUCCCUCUCCGUCUAAGCAUGUUUCCAGAUGUCAGAGUUUUGCUGAAAGGCCUCAUGCUCAACCACUCCCACUUCCAGGUCUUCAUCCUGGCAGUGUUGGACGCACUGAUUCUGGAAUCAGUAUAACUGUAAAACCUCGGUCAGAGAAAAGUGGCAAAUCAUUUAUUCCUCUACCCAGACCUGCUUGCAUUCGCAUCAAGGCCAAUCAAGCUGAGAUAGAUGGUGACUUGAUAACUGCUUCAGUUUCUAGUGAGAGCUCCAGCGAUAGUGAUGAUCCUGCAGACUCAAGUCAACGAAGUCCCCAGGCAACAGAUUGUGACACAGGGGCCACAACUACUGCAUGCAGUCCUUCCAGCAUGAUGCUGAAGGAUCAAAAACCUACUGUCUCUCAGAUUAAUUUGAAGGAGUCCAGGAAACCAGCAAACCUCACCAUUGGUCAUCAUAUUUCCCCAACAUCUCCCAAGAAUAGACCAUUGAUCAGUCAAUCACCUAAUCUACAGAUUCUUCAUUCCGGUGCUAUCUGUAGUGCUCCAGAUAGCUCCAUGUCAAGUCCUUCUAGAAGUCCAUUGAGAGCAUUUGGCACAGAGCAGGUCAUCAAUUCUGCUUUCUGGUGUGGGAAGCAUUAUGCAGAUGUCACAUUGCUGGGAUCUGGCCACUGCUCAAGUCCUGGUUCAGGCCAUAAUUCUGGCCAUAAUUCAAUGGGUGGGGAUAUGUCAGGACAGUUGUUCUGGCAGCAAAGUCGGGGCAGCCCUGAAUAUUCACCCCUGCCGAGUCCACGAAUGACAAGCCCUGGACCUAGCUCCAGAAUUCAUAGCGGAGCUGUCACACCUAUUCAUCCCAGAGCCGGAGGAGCAUGUCUAGAGCCACAAAUAAGCUGGCCUGAUGACGGCAAACAACAAAGUCAUCCUUUGCCGCUUCCCCCAGUGACAAUUUCCAAUGCAUCACCGUUCUCCCAUCCAAAUUCAGCAGCUACAUCUCCUUCAGUACCACGCAGUCCUGGGAGGUCAGAAGCUCCAACAAGCCCGGUGUCACGCUGGAAAAAAGGAAAACUGCUUGGUAGAGGGACAUUUGGACACGUUUAUGUUGGCUUCAAUAGCGAAAGUGGUGAGAUGUGUGCAAUGAAGGAGGUCACAUUAUUUUCAGAUGAUGCAAAGUCAAAGGAAAGUGCAAAGCAGUUAAUACAGGAAAUUACUCUAUUGAGUCGUUUGCAGCAUCCAAACAUCGUGCAGUACUAUGGAUCAGAAACAGUCGAUGACAAGCUGUAUAUUUACCUAGAGUAUGUAUCUGGUGGUUCCAUCUAUAAAAUCCUCCAAGAAUACGGGCAACUUGGUGAACUGGCUAUUCGUAGUUAUACUCAACAGAUCUUAUCUGGCCUUGCAUACUUGCAUGCUAAGAAUACUGUCCACAGGGAUAUCAAAGGAGCUAAUAUACUGGUUGACCCGAAUGGCCGAGUCAAGUUGGCAGACUUUGGGAUGGCUAAGCAUAUCACUGGUCAGUCCUGUCCCCUUUCUUUCAAAGGGAGCCCAUACUGGAUGGCGCCUGAGGUUAUAAAGAACUCAAAUGGCUGCAACCUGGCUGUUGAUAUAUGGAGCCUUGGAUGCACUGUUUUGGAAAUGGCUACAACCAAACCACCUUGGAGCCAGUAUGAGGGGGUUGCUGCUAUGUUUAAGAUAGGGAACAGUAAAGAACUCCCUGCAAUUCCAGACCAUCUCUCAGAAGAUGGGAAGGAUUUCAUACGGCAAUGUUUGCAGAGGAAUCCUUUGCAUCGUCCUGCAGCCGCUCGGCUUCUGGAGCACCCUUUUGUGAAAUCUGCUGCUCCAUUAGAACGAGUGGAGAGACCAGUUUCAGGGCCUGAGCCUUCAGAUCCAUCUCCUGGAGUCGCAAUAGCAGCAAGACCACCGGGAGUUGGCCAACCAAGAAAUCCCUCUGCUUUUGAUUCCGAGAGGCUCGCUGUUCAUUCAUCUAGAAUUACCAAACCGGGUCCUCUAGCAAGUGAUGCUCAUAUUCCGAGGAAUAUCUCCUGUCCUGUCUCGCCCAUUGGGAGCCCUCUUCUCCAUGCAAGGUCACCGCAGCAUUUUAAUGGAAGGAUGUCUCCUUCACCAAUCUCAAGCCCCAGAACUGCUUCAGGUUCCUGCACCCCUCUAACAGGCAGUACUGGUGCCAUCCCAUUUAAUCAUGUGAAGCAAAUGUUUUACCUGCAUGAUGGAUUCGGGAACUUGCCAAAGCAAUCAAGCAGUACCUACAUCAGUGGUGGGGCCCCUUACCAUGAUUCGAAUCCUGAAAUUUUUUGGGGUAUGCAGACGGGUAAUCACAUGUUCUCGGAACUAGUCUCCAGUGAUAAUGAUGUUCUUAGCAAGCAAUUUGGAAGGCCCAUUCAGGGGGACUUGUGUGAUGGGCAGUCAGUUUUGACUGAUCGGGUUUCUCGGCAGCUUCUGAGAGAUCAUGUCAAGGUGAAUUUAUCUCUUGACGUUGGUCCAAGUUCUCGAUUUCCAAGCCGCUGCAAUGGAAACUUGACUUGAUCUUUUUUACUCUCUGCGAAUUCAUCAACCCUGAAGAAGCUCUUGGUCUCAGGUUCACCCACCUUAUGGGGAACAAAAUUUGUUGCUUGAAGUUGAACAGGUGAGGGGCCAGUCAUGCUAAUAAUGACCCUGAUGGAGGAAGUAAAACGCAGUGUAAUAAGCUCCGAUCUUCGCGAAGUGCUUCAUCUUUCCAAAUGCUUGAAGUGGAGGUUAGCUACUUGACAGUGUUGCCCUUUACCGGGAAAUUUGGCUAUGCAAGGACACAGCGCAGUUCAUCGUGAAUAGAUUUCUUAGCUCCGGUGGACCCCGGCCAACUAUAUUCUACGGCCCCAAGUUGUACAAACAAUUGAGUGCUUAUACUAUUGCCCGAUGCUCGACUGAUUGAAGGGACAGCGAGUUCGGAUCAACUGGCGGAAGACGACCUUUUUCUUGAUUCGCGUGGAGAUUCAUGAGAAAGAAAAGAGAGGAAGGUAGAGGAGAGAGGGACAUAUCUUCUUUUGGCCUUUUAGAGAGGACGCUUUAGCUGGUGGAAGCAUUAUUGGCUUUAGGACUUAUUCUUGGGUCUCUGUUAACUUUUUGUACAGAUCAUGGGGGGUGAACGAAAUUCCGAGAUCUGUGACAUGUGAUCGGGAUUACGCAUCGGCAAAAGGCCGGCAUGAUUCUUUCUUGCCUUUUUCUAUCUAUUGCCCCCGGCUCUUACUUGUAUGUAUCACCCGCUACCUUCACUUGUAUGCUGUAUUUAUUUUUGUUGUAUGUACAAUGUGAUCCCCUGAGGCAGGAGCAAGUUCUAAAAUGAUCUAACUGCAUUUCCUCA